CCUCACAAUUAAUUAGACACUAAAUUUCUUUGCGGGGAAAAAAAGGCUGCUUAACUUGUUUUGGAAACAAUGACUUUUAUCACAGUCUUGUUGGUGAUUUUGGGAACUUUUACAUCUCAAGCGAUGUCCCGAAGAAUCCUUGAAGUUUCCGUUGCUGAUAAACACGAGCAAUGGAUGGCUAAACAUGGACGUACUUAUAAGGACAAUGAGGAGAAGCAAAAGCGUCUCCAAAUAUUCAAGGACAACUUCGAUUUCGUGAACAAAGUUAACAACGAAGGGAAUCGUACUUACAAGUUGAGUGUCAACAAAUUUGCAGACCUAACAAAUGAAGAGUUCCGUGCCACUCGUACUGGAUACAAGCUCUCAACCGAACCGAAGUCAACCACAGCUGAGACAACGUCGUCGUUCAAGUAUGCAUCAGUGACUAAAGUUCCUUCGAGUAUGGACUGGAGAAAGAAAGGAGCCGUCACUUCCGUUAAAGACCAAGGCGAAUGUCAAUGUUGCUGGGCUUUUUCAGCAACGGCAGCGGUAGAGGGGCUCACCAAAAUCAAAACAGGGAAAUUGGCCGACCUAUCUGAGCAACAACUAGUGAACUGUGCCAGGGAUGGAAAUAAUGGUUGCAAUCGUGGUUGGAUGGAUAAUGCUUUUCAAUAUAUAGUAAAAAAUCAAGGACAAACAACUGAAGCAAAUUAUCCAUACGAGGCUGAGGACGGAACUUGUGACACAAAAAAGGCGUCUGCUAAAGCAGCUAAGAUAACUGGCUUUGAAGAUGUACCUGCCAACAAUGAGGCGGCAUUGCUAAAAGCUGCAGCUUACCAACCAAUCUCCGUUGCCGUUGAAGGCGAGGGACGUGAUUUUCAGCUCUAUGCAAGCGGGAUCUUCUCUGGAGGAUGUGGCACCGAUCUAAACCAUGCUGUCACUUUAGUCGGGUAUGGAGUAGCUCAAGACGGUACCAAGUACUGGUUAGUCAAGAAUUCAUGGGGUCAGAACUGGGGUGAGAGUGGCUACAUGAGGAUUAAAAGAGAUCAUUCUGAUCCCGCAGGUCUCUGCGGCAUUGCCAUGCAUGCUUCCUAUCCAGUUGCUUGAUUAAUUAGUUAGUCCGAAGGUUGACAGAUGGAUUAAUCACUUAGAUAAAUAAUUCUCUAUUGACAGAUGGAUUAAUCACUUAGAUAAAUAAUUCUCUAUGUUUCCCAUGUGUGUGGCUAAUCAUAAUGUUAUGGGCUGAGAAAUGCCCGCAUUGCCUUGAAGGCUAACAUUUGUAUUUAUAGUUUCAUCUAGGGUUUAUAUAUGAACGUACGGAGGUACUGUUGCUCCCAACUA